AUGGGAAGGUCACCGUGCUGUGAAAAAGUAGGGUUGAAGAAAGGACCAUGGACACCUGAUGAAGACAAGCAGUUGUUGGCUUACAUUGAGCAGUACGGCCAUGGAAGCUGGCGAGCUUUGCCUGCAAAAGCUGGGCUGCAAAGAUGUGGGAAGAGCUGCAGGCUGAGAUGGAGUAACUACUUGAGACCUGGCAUUAAAAGAGGAAACUUUAGUCUGCAGGAAGAACAAUCCAUCAUUCAGCUCCAUGCUCUUCUUGGAAAUAGAUGGUCAGCCAUUGCAUCUCACCUGCCAAAGAGAACAGAUAAUGAGAUAAAGAACUAUUGGAAUACCCAUUUGAAGAAGAAACUUAGUAAGAUGGGCAUUGAUCCAAUGACGCAUAGGCCAAAGAUUAACUCCUCCUUCGGCUCAGCCGCCAAUCUCAGCCACCUGGCUCAGUGGGAAACCGCCCGGCUCGAAGCCGAAGCUCGCCUCGUCCGCCCCUCUAAGUUCAUCGCUUCCUCUCUUAUCUCACCUCACCACAAGCCGCCGCCGCCGCCGCUAAAAGUCCCGCCGUGUCUCGACAUGCUAAAAGCUUGGCAAGAAACAUGGACCAAACCGCCGAGGACGAGGGUUUCAUCCAAUCUAGACGGCGGCGCGUUUGUCUCAAACGCAACUCCACAUCAAUUUCCGACAACCUUAAACUUUUCCGACCAAAAGUUAACAACCUUAAACUUUUCCAACCAAAACUUAACAACCUUAAACUUUUCCGACCAAAACUUAUGUUUCAUGGGAACUCCAUACGUACACGAGUCCAAUAUAGGAAACCCUAACCCCACCGGCAACGACAUAAUCCCGCACGUUGCCAUGGAUCCCUUAUCGGAGCUUCCAACCUUCAUUCAUGGGUUCUCGGAGCUUUCACCGGAAACCCUCACAGGAUAUUUUGCCGACGACAAUGUCGUCGGAAACUACGGCACGGCAGACUUGGAAGACAACAGCCGUUACUGGAAUAGCAUCCUUAAUAAUCUGGUGGCGUCUCCGGUGGGUUCGCCGGUUUUCUAG